GCUUUCACAGUACGGUUGAUUGCGGUCUGCAUCCAAUAAAUCUACGGGAUUUGUGCAGAUCAAAAAUCAAUUUCAGAUUUUCAUCAUCUCCACUGUCUCCACUUCCAUAGAUUUUCUUUCUGAUUUUGUCUCAGCAUUGGGAGAAUCUCGAGGAAAGCCCAUCGCCCAAACGUGUUCACUGGAAACACCAAUGGAAACACCAUGGAUUGAUGCUUCACCAAUCCAUUGAGAGACCCCUCCCGCUUCAGGUUCUAUGGCCUGUCCCGAGUUUCGUCAGACUCGAUGCGCACCGGAGCGGGCGCCGCGGGCGCCGCGGGCGCAGUGCGCAGCGGAGCGGGAUGGCCGGGCUGGCGGACGGCUCCCCAAUCUUCAGCGAGGAGGCUUGGUCCGAUGACAUGCCCAGUGAGUUGAAGGUGCAGGACCUCGAGGAAGGGCAAGAGCUCAGUGGCAUCGUGGUCCGAGUGGUGGAGGAGUUGGGCUGCUUCGUGGAUGUCGGCGCGGACAAACAGGGGUUGGUCCAUGCAACCCAAGUGGCCAGAGGAUACACACCAAUCCUGUCUGAGGUAGUGCAGCCUGGACAGAUGGUGCAGGUGUGGGUCAAGACCGUUUCACCAGAAGGUCGGCUGGAUCUCACUAUGGUGGACGAGUCGCAGGAUGAAAACAUGGCGCCCUUCAAAGAGGUCGACAAGGAUCUUUGGCUUGAUGCGCAGAUCUCGGGUCUUCACAACGGUGGUGCCUUUGCUAUGGUGCAAGGACCCAAUGGAGAGGGACCUGUGGAGGCGCACAUUCCCAUCUCCCAGAUUCAGGAUGGUUUUUUGGAGCACCCAGCUGAUGUCUUGGAGCCCGGACAAAGUGUCCGUGUGCGCGUGGUGAAAGUGGAGGGUGCCAGGCUUUCAGUGUCGAUGCGGAAGUUGUCGGCAAGAUUGCGAGCAGAAGACCAGGACGUGAGCUCCCUUCUGGAGGUUUCACCCAGUGAAUGGUUCACCGGCAGGGUGGAUCAUGCUGCACCCUUUGGGGUGUUUGUGGAGAUGGACGUCCCGGAUGAGGACAGCAAGGUUGUCGGCUUGGUUCAUAUCUCUGAGAUGAGGGAGGGCCGUGUAGGCGACCCUGCUGCUGAAGUGGAGGAGGGGCAAGAGGUGAAAGUGCGCAUUCUUGCAGUGGACAAGAACACCGGCAGGAUAUCGAUGUCGAUGAAGCCGAUACCAACGAUUUAAAA